CACAUAUACGGAUCUUCUCUAUGGUUAAAGCGGAAACGGAAGAGACUCUGUUGAAACGUGACAGAGUCCAGAGGAAUCUAAUCAGCUCCGUGCGGGUAUGUGAGUGACGGUCUGACAGUGUGUGUGAGUGUCCUGUAAUGCUGAUACAGGGAUAGAAUGGCCGCACUGCCACAUAUAGCGUGUGGGCUAUGGCAGACUGAGUGCGAUCAGAUCAUAUUAAUAAAGCUGCCAUCACUGAGAGAAUGGACACCGAGCUGGAUUAAAGGCACACUAUAGGCCAGGCAUAGGCAACCUUCACACUCCAGAUGUUGUGGACUACAUCCCCCAUAAUGCUCUGACACCCAGAAUGCUGGCAAAGCAUCUCGGGAGGUGUAGUCCAAAACAUCUGGAGUGCCGAAGGUUGCCUAUGCCUGCUAUAGGCCGUCAGACCACUUCAGCUGAUUGGGGUGCUCUGGGUGCAGUGUCCCUGUCCCCUUAACCCUACAGUGUUAGUUAUUGUGGUUUCUGAGGUACUGCAAUAAUUACCUGCUAAGGUUAAAGGACCACUCUAGGCACCCAGACCAUUUCAGCUUAAUGAAGUGGUCUGGGUGCCAGGUCCAGCUAGGGUUAACCCAUUUUUUCAUAAACAUAGCAGUUUCAGAGAAACUGCUAUGUUUAUUAAUGGGUUAAGCCUUCCCCUAUUUCCUCUAAUGGCUGUCUCAUUGACAGCCACUAGAGGCGCUUGUGUGCUUCUCACUGUGAUUUUCACAGUGAGAGCACGCAAGCGUCCAUAGAAAAGCAUUGUAAAUGCUUUACUAUGUAACCGGCUGAAUGCGCGCGCAGCUCUUGCCGUGCGUGCGCAUUCAGCCGAUGGGGAGGAGAAGAGGAGGAUCGGAGGAGGAGAGCUCUCCGCCCAGCGCUGGAAAAAGGUAAGUUUAACCCCUUUCCCCUUUCCAGAGCUGGGCGGGAGGGGGUCCCUGAGGGUGGGGGCACCCUCAGGGCACUAUAGUGCCAGGAAAACGAGUGUUUUCCUGGCACUAUAGUGGUCCUUUAAGACUGCCUAUAGUGGCUGUCAGUCAGACGGCCGCUGGAGGCACUUUCUGGUGGUUUGGCAAAUUGGUCGCCUAACUGAUACUGGUGAGGAUGUCCAGCGUCAAGCAAAACCACAUAGGAAAGCAUGGCAGCAAUGCUUUCCUAUGGGUAGAGCCUAAUGUGCUUGCAGUGUUGCAUGCUGGAGGAGCCAGAACGCUGACCCUGCACCAAAGGAAAAAGUUGCAGGAAUCGGGUAAGUAUAGUAGGGGUAUAUUAACCCUUACUAUGUGGAGGGUGGCCACAAGGGAGCUAAGUGCUAGGAAUACAACUUUGUAUAGUUAGCACUAUAGUAUCCCUUUAACUGGGAUUCAAUGGGGACUGGAAAAUUGAUUACAUGAGAGCCAUAAAAUUGAGCUAAGUUUAUGGUACAGGGUCCAAGAAAGACCCUGUUCACUACUGUAAUAUACUAUGGCUUGAUUUUGAAUAUUUUUUCCUUUUAAUUUUUUUUUAGAAAUUCAAAGACUUUAGAAAUGUCUUCUUACACCUGCAUCACAUGCCGGGUGGCAUUUGCAGAUCCUGAUAUUCAGAGAGCCCACUACAAGACUGAUUGGCACAGAUAUAAUCUGAAGAGGAAAGUAGCUGAUAUGCCCCCUGUCACAGCUGAAAAUUUCCAAGAAAGGGUGUUGGCCCAGAGAGCAGUUGUAGAGGAGCAAGGCAAAGAAACUGCCACGUACUGCACGGUUUGCAGCAAACGAUUUGCCACUUUCAAUGCUUAUGAGAACCACUUGAAGUCCAAAAAGCACUUAGAGCUUGAGAAAAAAACAACUCAGGCUGUUACAAAGAAAGUAGAACUAUUAAAUGAAAAAAAUUUGGAAAAGGGAUUUGGACCAGAAAGUGUGGACAAAGAUGCCAUGAACAAAGCUAUUCAACAGGCUAUUAAACCACAACCUUCAAUGUCUCCAAAGAAGAAUACUAGCACUGAGCAAGAAAGUGUUACAUUGUCUGUUCCAGGAAAACAAGUGGUGCAGUCCAAGACCAGGCCUGACAAGCCUCCUCGAUUACAGUGGUAUGAACAACAAGCCAAGAAGCUAACCAUGCAGGAGGGCGAAAGUGAAGCAAUGGCUGAAGAUGAGGAGGAAGGUAAAAUUAAUGGGUUGUAUUUUUCGAUAUGAAAGAAGACCUACCUCUCACAUAAAUUUAGCUUAAUGAUUUUUUUAUGGGAACAGGAAUGCCUGGGUGGUGGUUUGCCUUCAUGGGGAAAAAACCCCAAAGAUGAACCCUCAGCUCCUUACACCUAUGGAUGCUGCUUUAGUAGGAAGAUUUGCUGGGCUUGGUUAUAGGCAGACGGCAUCAUUUGAAGCUCUUAGCUUCACUAGCUGUCCACUCAGAUACAUAGUAUUUACUGUUUCUCUUAAUGGGCAGCUGACACUCAGCCAAGCACUGGCUGCUCGGAAAUCCUUCUACAUGCUGUUGUGGUUUGGAGAAAGAAAUUGAGGAGGCAGACAUUUGGAUUUAGGGGAACCAACUUCGGUGCUCAGUCGGUUGGAAAACGGUUUAACACUUGGAGUAAGACAGCAACCAGAUAUUCCUUCUCCCAUAACGGCUUAAUUGAUUUGAGGUUGUGAGUGUUCCUUUUAUACUGUAUUGUAUACAAUAUAUUAUGAAGACACUUCGGCAUAAAACAAAAAUAUUAUUCUGUGAAACACAAUUUCAGUAUUACAUUAUUUGGCUAACUUUCUCUGUUUAUACCAGUGUUAAUUUUGUGGACUAACAAUUUUAGUCCACUAAUAUUUUUGAGAUUUAGUUGAUUUAAAACUAAAACAAUUCAUGACUAAAACUAAAAUGACCUUUUAGUCAAAAGACUAUGAUUAAAACUAACUUUAAAUUUGCUGCCAAAAUUGACACUGGCGGGGUAAGACACAUUGGGGAGGGAGGAGAGAAAAUGACACAUGGGGGGGGGGUAAUGAGCACAUGGAGGUGCUUGGGGAGGAAUUGAGACACAUGGGUGCCUGUGGGGACACAAAGCGUCAUAAAGGGGCUGGGGUAGAAAGAGGUAUUGGGGGGGAAGAGACACACCAAUGGGGCUAUGGGACAAAGAGGCACACAUAGUGGCUAGGAGGGGUUCAAAGAGCCACAGAUGGGCUGUGGAAGAAGAAAAAGAGACUGACCAGGGCUUGGGAGAGAGAUAUUUAGAGGGGCUGGGGAAGGGACAAAAGAGACAGAGGCUUUAACUAAAUGUAUUAGAUUUUAGUCAUGUCUACUAAAAUCUACAGAAGAUUUAGUUGACUAAAACAAUUCAGAUGACAAACUAAAAUGACUUAAGUCAAAUUACUACGGCUAAAACUAAAUUGCAAUUCGCUGCCAAAAUUAACACUGGUUUACACCUCUUUAGUCAACAAAUAUUCUACUGUGGCCUAGAAUUAUGCUGUUCAUGUAAUUGUAUUGUUUUCUUGCUGUAACAGAUGUUAUUGAAAUGUUUUCUUAAAUUAGUUCUUGAUUGUGUGUCAGAUGAGGCAAUAUGACUUUAACGACUUUUGACUUGCAAGGGUUGGUGUUCAGGUCUUCAAGAAAUGACUGAUCAUUAAAGGGAUAUUCCAGUGCUAGGAAAACCAAUUUGUAGUCCUACCACUGGAGCUUUCUUACACUCCCUCCCCUGCAGGGUAAGUGUUUAUAAACUCUUACUGUACUUACCCUAUUCCACAGUUGAUGUCCCUCAGCGCUGGGUCAGUGCUCCACCCCCUCCAAUGGAGGUUGCUGCAGUGUUUUACUAUGGGGAAUUGACUGACACUGGACGUGAGGACGCCCAGCGUCACUUAGGCGACCAAAAGUCUGAUUGACAGCCACUAGAGGCAGUCUUACCCUGCAAGGUAAUUAUUGCAGUUUUUUUGGAAGCCUUGCGCAUCAAUGCUUUCCUAUGGGGAAAAAUGACGCUGGAUGUUGUCAUGUACCGGACCAGAGGUCCGUUUCAAUCCAGGAAGCCCUCUAGGUCUCUCUUGUAGACAGCCACUGUGGGCAGACUUAGUGCUGCAAUAUAAACAUUGCAGUGUCUCUGGAAUUGCAAUGUUUAAAAUUGCAGCACAAAGUGCAAAAGGGACACUGCACCCAGACCACUUCAAUGAGCUGAAGUGGUCUGUGUGUCUACAGAGUCCCUUUAAGGGGACAAUGUUACUGUACCUUGACCACUUCUGUGAGAUGAAGUGGUCUGGGUGCCUGUAGUGUCCCUUUAACAAAUACUAGCUGUGCCUAAAAUGCUAUUCAGUUUAGUUCCCAUGGAUAUUGGGGUCUUUGUUUCACAUUUUGUAUACAAGUAACACAAACAAUGUUUCAUACAAACAAUGUUGCUGCUUGUGGAUGUGUAUUACACAAGAUGCUUAUCUGCCAAAAUAAGACUAUAAAAAUUGUUAGAUUAGAAAAUAAUCUGUUUAUUAUAAUUUUGAAAGAAAGGGAUUAAAGAGCAAAGGUAGAACAGCAAUACAGAUGACAUUGUCAUUCUUGAUGUCAAUUCUGUGCAUAUUUUGCAUCCGUCAUUGGAGAUGGAAGUGACUAUCUUUAUUCUCCCCUGCUUCCCACCUACUGUUUGCUACCUCCUGUCCAUUGUGUGCUCCCUCCUGCCAUUUCCCACAGUAAAUUAAAAAAAAAUAAUUCCUCCACUGGCCAGCGGUGGGUUGGCGAAAUACACCAAUCACUCUGUUUGGACAAUACAAGACCCCUGUGACAUCAGAGAGGGCACAGAAGUCUGGUUUAUUUGCAAGUAAACUACGAAGUUACUUAUUUAAUGGUUGCAGUUCAGUUAUAUGGGGAGGGAAUGAUGGCAUUUAUUUCAUUAAAGGUGCACUCCAGGCCUUUGUAGUGGUUGUGGUGCCAGAACAGGUAGUUAAGAAAUGUUUUUCUGCUUACCGGUUGCCUGCCACAUCUCCACUUCUGUCCAGAAACUCUGCCACUGGGCUAUGCCCGGCAUGCAGGGCUGCACUCUGCUAAUUCCUUUAGCCAAUGAGCUAGGCCUUAGCACGGUAGAGCUAACAGAAGCCCUUUGCAGGUGCUAUCAGUAGCAGUGAAUACAGUGAUGAGUGCUUGAAGGCACCAGGUAAGUUGCCAAACCAUUUAAAAGAAAUCUGGGAGGGUAUCAGAGCACUCGUGCACCAUAACACCUACAGCAGGCUUCAGUGGUCAUGGAGUUUGAAGUGUUCAUUUUAUUGUGUUAUGUAUCAAAAUGUGUGCUGUUUUGGCAGGCUGGGAAGAUAUGGAUUAUCCUGAGGAGGAAGAGGAGGAUGAUGCUGAAAGUGAUGAGGAAAUGGAGGAUGUAGGUGUUGAUGAAAGGACCCUGACUUCUAACGAAAGCACCCCACCAGUAGAUGGCAUUCCUAUCACAGACUGCUUGUUUUGCCCUCAUCACUCCCGCUCAUUGAUGAAGAAUGUUGCUCACAUGACCAAGGUUCACAGCUUCUUCAUUCCUGACAUAGAGUACCUUCAGGAUCUUCAGGGCCUAAUUGCAUAUUUGGGUUAGUGUUCUUCGGUAAAUGAGUUCCAAUGUUUAUUGAACUUACCAAGAAGUUGCAGCAACUCUGUGGCUGUCUUUCCAUCAUACUGAAGUGAAUAGUAUGGUUUUCAUCUCACGAUUAAGCAGAAAUAAGCACAGCAACACAAAACUGUGCUUUAGUUAGUACAAAUAACCACAUCUGUCCAUUGCCUGGCUCUUCAAUGAUGACUUUACACACUGUGUACUGUCAUCAUAACAGCACGAGCUGCAGGGAUAUAUGUAUUUCUCUGUACUAAUUAAAUCACAGCACCAUGUUGCUAAUCUUCAUCCUUCACCUUCACAGCAGACCUUCAGCCCCACCAACUGUAAAUUAAGGUAGGGAGAAGAAAGAGGUUCUAAAGGGGAGGGGAGCAAUGAGAGAAUUGGCAAUUUUUUUGCUUUUAAUUACAAAUAACGUGACCAUUCACGUGAGAAGAUGAUGGAUCAGUGAGUAGAAAAUACAAUUUAUGCUCUGCUCACAAUCUCACUCUCCACACACACACAACCCUGUGUUCAUACCUUGUUCUCCCACAAAAAUAAAUCACUGCAUUUAUUCAUUAGUUACUAUAACUGUUUCGUGACAGUGGUUUUUUUUUUUGUGUUUUUUUUUUCAUAUUCUUUUAUUUAUUAUGCCCUAUUGGACACUAUUGAUCCUAUCAAUUCCCUUUAAUUAAAUAAACCUAUUAAUUAGACUAAAACAUACCUUGAAUACAGCGCUAGGUGAGGUCCUCCUCGCUUCGUUUUCACACCUAGUCUGUCAUCAUGCCACGUCUUUUGGUAGAGAAGCAUUUGAUAGAAAUCUUCUACCGCUCGGAACACAUGGGCCGUUGAGAGGACAGAGCGAGGGGUGGGCUUUAAUUAACCCCUUAAGGACUAAGCCAAAUGUACACGUUGUGAUUAAAACAAAACCUGGAAUUUGACUGUGUCUGUUCAACCGUAAUUCACCUCUUUCAUAUUAUGUGCACCCACCCUUAUUAUAUAUCAUUUUAUUCAGGUGAAACAGGGCUUUCAUUUAACAUCAAAUAUAAACACUAACUUUGGCCAGUAUGUGCGACCAAGUUUCUAUGUUAAGGGGACAGGAGCACUGCACCUUGCCACUUCAUUGAGAUGGAUUGGUCUGGGUGAAAAGUGUGCCUUUAAUUAAAGUAUCUUACAUUACUAACUUAAAGGAGCACUAUAGGGUAAGGAACACAAACUUGUAUUCCUGACCCUAUAGUGUUAAAAACACUAUCUGACCCCGCUAAAUAUAGUCACUUUAUUUCAGUCUGCUGCUGUGACUGCCUCUGAUAUGCUUCCUUGCCUGACAUCAGAAUUUAUGAUCUGAUUCAAUCACAAUGCUUUUCUAUAGGGAAGCAUUGGAUUGCCGGAGCUUGUCAAGGAGGCAGAUCUGGGGCAAAGCCAACAAAAGCCAAACGCAGCCCUGGUCAAUCAGCAUCUCAUCAUAGAGCUGCAUUGAAUCAGUGCAUUUCCAUGAGGCUAGUUCACUGUCUCCAUGCAGAGGGUGGAGACACUGAAUGGCAGUGCUGCACUAAACUUGGAAUAUAAUUACCUUCAGUCCCUUUUUGUUUGGGUGUAUGUGUAUCAUGUAUAUUUCUUGUAAUUCUUUCACUAUAUGUGAAUUUAUUUGUCAUAAUGUUGGUUAUAUACACACACUUUUAUUUUGUAUUUUAUCUCUUCAGUUCAGGUAGAUACACAAUUCAUUUAUUGACUUUUGUGAAUUGACUUAUUGAAGUGUUUCUUCCACUAUAGGUGAAAAAGUUGGUGUUGGGAAGAUCUGCCUUUGGUGUAAUGAGAAAGGAAAGUCUUUUUACACGACAGAGUCGGUCCAAGCACAUAUGAAUGAUAAGAGUCACUGCAAGCUCUUUACAGAUGGGGAUGCUGCAUUGGAGUUUGCAGACUUCUUUGAUUUUAGGUAGCAAGUUUGUGCCCUCCAUUUUUAUACGCUGCACAAUAUUUUUAUUAGAACUGUAUAUUUGUAUACCUCCUAUACUGGAAUAGAAUUAUGGGACCUGAAAAUGCACAUACCAAAAAAAACAAUUGGCGGUGACCCACACUGCCAUUAUUAUACAUUUCAUGCACAAGUGAAGCGAAAAUGGGAAGCUAACUUGCAUACACUUCUUUAAAUGCAUGUAUUUUCUAGGCACCAAUUUUAAUGCAAGUAUAGUGAAAAAAUAUAUAUUUAUAUUUAGCUGUCAUUUUAACUGUUUCCUGAAUUUAGAUGUUACAAGCUAGAGACACUCAAAACAUCAUGCAUAUAUUGUAUUGCUUUUGCACAAAAUUAACUGUAUUUUGAAUACUUGUAUGUUCAGCAUUCUUUCUUACCUGUAAAUCCUCCAACAUCUAGGUAAAACCAUGCUUAGCAGGUAUUGUGACUGCAAACCAUAUAUUUAAUUUGUUUUCAAGGUUUUUUGAUAUUUUGGUUUUGUGACAGGUCCAGCUACCCAGACCAAAGAGAUGGGGAGGACAUUGAGAUGCUUGAAAAGGAAGUGCUAGGUGAUAAGAAUCUGGAAUAUGAUGAAGACACAAUGGAGCUGGUUUUACCAUCUGGUAUGGAACAUUGGUUUUGCUCCUGACAUACUGCACUGUGUCUCUCUCGCCAUUUUUAUUGAUUGGGUGGGGAAGCAUAUCGAAAUGGCAACUGCGAUAAGCAGAAACAAAAUAUUGUGUAUCUGGUUAUGUGCAAGAAGUGAAUAUCUUGUGUAUUAAUCUCUAUUUUGCUUAGUAAGAGUUUUUUUUUUUAUAUUAAAUAUCCCAUUCUUACUGUACUGUACUGUAACAGAUCACAAACCUUUGAAGGCAAUUACUAUCCAAAACCUGGAGUCUUAAACUAAUUUGAAUAAGUUGGUUUCCAGUUGGCUUUAAUUUACACCGCUAUUAAACUUGAUAGCUCAGUCCCUUUAGGGGUACACUAAUUGCAAACAUAAUGCAUCUGAACUGUAAGGUACAUUCUUCUUGUCUAAAAACAUGCUUAAAGGACCACUAUAGUGCCAGGAAAACAGACUCGUUUUCCUGGCACUAUAGUGCCCUGAGGGUGCCCCCACCCUCAGGGUCCCCCUCCCGCCCAGCUCUGGAAAGGGGUUAAAACUUACCUUUUUCCAGCGCUGGGUGGAGAGCUUUCCUCCUCCUGGGCUGAAUGCGCACGCGCGGCAAGAGUUGCGCGCGCAUUCAGCCCGUCGCAUAGGAAAGCAUUUACAAUGCUUUCCUAUGGACGCUUGCGUGCUCUCACUGUGAAAAUCACAGUGAGAAGCACGCAAGCGCCUCUAGUGGCUGUCAAUGAGACAGCCACUAGAGGAUUAGGGGGAAGGCUUAACCCAUUCAUAAACAUAGCAGUUUCUCUGAAACUGCUAUGUUUAUGAAAAAAUGGGUUAACCCUAGCUGGACCUGGCACCCAGACCACUUCAUUAAGCUGAAGUGGUCUGGGUGCCUAGAGUGGUCCUUUAAAAGCUCUAUGCUAAUUUAAUAAAGGGUGUAUUCUCAGUCCGUUGAAAUAGUGACACGUUUGAAUUUAAACGGUUGAUAAUAGACAUGCGUAUCAAAUGUUGUUCCAACGUUAGGAAGGUAGGGGUGCUAUAAAAGCACUAUACCAUGAGCCCGCAGGCUAUGUAAUACGAGAGCUGGUUUCUUCCAUGAACAACCUCGUUUUAUAAUCUCAGGAUGGGUCUAUCACUAGAUGAGCUAAAAUACCUCUCUUAGGAGAGUUGGCGAGAAGCCUAGCAUUCCCUGCCAUACAAGCAAGGAUUGGCUUGUUAUGUAUUUUAUUUGAGGUAUUAUAGAUAAUAGACCAAGAACAGGACAUAGUGUUGGUGAUACUGAAGUAAAAUAGUAGUCAAAUUGAUGAAAUAGAAACAUUUGAAUAAAAGAGAAAGAAAGAGUAAACUACAUGUGUAAACUAAUGUUUAUCACACUGCUGUCACUUUAAAGAUGGCAGUGCCUGCAAGGGAGAUAAUCCGGUAAGUAAUGGAUUUAAGAUUAAGGUGACUAGAGACUUUGCUGCUGCUAUAGCAUGUUAUCACUUUCCUACCUAGGUAGGAAUCUGGUAUUAAAUUGUGAUUGGGUACAUUCUGAGACAGGUUUAGUGAUGUUUUCAGUAUCUACUAACUGAUCCUGUUGCUGUUGAAGAGAGUGUUAUGGUACCUGGUUUUGGCACAAGCUCUUCUGCUCGUACAGUUUUAUUUGAAGUAAAUGGUGAGCAUGCUUGGAUGAUCUUCAUUAUUGUCAGUUUUGUGUUUUAUGAAGUUUGCAGUGAACUAUUUUUAUAUGUUCUUGAAUACAGCUAUUAUGGCAGUAUGUUUUCUACAACACUUAAUGGAACAUAGGAAAGUAUUGGAUUGGGUGAGAUUGCCCAUUCUGACAAUCUCAGCCAAGGAGGUAGGGCGGUGGCAGAGCCAAACGAUACCCUAGCCAAUCUGCAUCUCUAUUGGGAAAGUUCAGCAUCUCCAUGCAAAGCAUAGAGACACUGAACGUAAUGUGUAGCACUGCCCCAGGAAGCACCUCUACAUAUGCAGCACUUCACAAGCAGUUCCUAUUAUCUGCUUUGUGUGAUGCAUCCUAGAAAAUAAUUAAAUGAUACAGCCAUAGCAGUUUAUUAACAAAGCUCAAGAAAAUGCAGAGGAUUUUGAGGCACAAAACAAAUGGUGCAUAUCAUGUAUAUCAAUCCUAUUAGGAUUUAUAUUUUUUACUGCAACAAACUGCAUUUCUAGAACUUGUUCUGAUGUAAGAGGUAGAAUGUAGAUAAGGUAAACUUACACAGAGAUUCACAUAAUCGUGUAUGUGUGUAUUUUUUUUUUUUUUUGCAUGCUAAACCCACUAAUAAUGUAAAAUGUUUCUGUUUCCAGGAGCUAGAAUAGGUCACCGGUCUCUGAUGAGAUACUAUAAGCAGAAAUUUGGUGUUACCAGGGAACUGGUCGUCUCCAGAAACCAGAAAGCUGUGGGUCGAGUUCUGCAGCAGUACAAAGCCCUAGGAUGGACAGGUGGUACUGGUAAGUCAUAUAUUAAUGCUUCAGAUCUGCCCAUAAUGGCAAAGGUAUCUUGCCUACUGCUGUGAGUUAAUCAACUGUGUGCGCAGCAAUGCAAUCAACUAUGACAACCUGGUUGUUGGUUUUUGUGUUUUUUUUUUUUUGUUUUUUUUUUUGAUGGGUUGUUUUUAUUUUGCCUUUCUUUUCUUCAAAUAUGUGUAUUCACUGACUUGAAUUUGUUUUCUGUCUGUGAAAGGUUCAUCUCUCCAAUACGGCGGUGAUAUGCAGUAUAUUCAGAAGAUGAAAUCCAAGUGGAUGCUGAAAACUGGAAUGAGCAAUAAUGCAACCAAACAAAUGCAUUUCAGGCCUCAAAUUAGAUAUUAAACUGGUACUAAUCUGAUUAAUUUCAAAAGCAUUGCUGAGUGUAUUACAUCAAACAUUCAGACGAUACAGAGGAUGUCACGUGGCUGUAAAAGGAGUGGCAGUAAAUAAAGAUAAUUUGGUGGCAUUGGUUUUUGAAAAUUUAAAUUCCGUGCCAUUACUGAUUUAUGUUCAUUUAAAAAAAAGUCAACAGUUCACAAGUAUCUUCUCGUGGUUGGGAUAGCGUCUCUUGAGUAACAUUUGGAUUAGACUGUAUGUUUCUGUGUCAUUUUGAUAGAUCCAGGAAAUCCUGGUUCAUGGUUUGUAGGAGUCCAGCCAACUUUGCUAAUCGAACUUUGACUACAUCGGUUUACAAGUAAAAACUUGAUUUUUAAAUAUUUAAUAAUAAAGCCAACGAUGGCAUAUAAAGAGGAAAAAACAUGAAUUUAAAUCCUCUAUAUUUAAAACUCAAGCUUGAUUUUGAGUAGACUCUUAAUUAGUGUUUUUUAAUCUUUUGAAAGGGACACUAUAGUCACCUGAACAACUUUAGCUUAAUGAAGCAGUUUUGGUGUAUAGAUCAUGCCCCUGCAGCCUCACGGCUCAAUCUUCUGCCAUCUAGGAGUUAAAUCCCUUUGCUUAUGAACCCUAGUCACACCUCCCUGCAUGUGAAUUGCACAGCCUUCCAGAGCCCUAUUUAGGCUUUCUUUAUUGCAAGUUCUGUUUAAUUAAGAUUUUCUUAUCCCCUGCUAUGUUAAUAGCUUGCUAGACCCUGCAAGAGCCUCCUGUAUGUGAUUAAAGUUCAAUUUAGAAAUUGAUAUACAAUUAUUUAAGGUAAAUUACAUCUGUUUGAAAGUGAAACUAGUUUUUUUUUUCAUGCAGGCUCUGUCAAUCAUAGCCAGGGGAGGUGUGGCUAGGGCUGCAUAAACAGAAACAAAGUGAUUUAACUCCUAAAUGACAGUGAAUUGAGCAGUGAAAUUGCAGGGGAAUGAUCUAUACACUAAAACUGCUUUAUUUAGCUAAAGUAAUUUAGUGACUAUAGCGUUCUUUUAAGGUCUGUACAUGGUGUUAGGAUGGUGACCAGUUCUUUAAUUAUAAAAUAACUAAUAGACCUGUUUUACACCUGUAACCUGGCUCUAAAUUUCUACUUUCCUAUUCACUCAUGUCAGAUGAACAUUCAAUACUGAAAAAUUUAAAUUCACCCUUGGUGAGUGUACCAUUGAUUCCAGACUUGCAGUGUUGAGUAACGUUCAGGCCUGUUCAGUAGGACUUUUUGAGCCCUGCUUGUAAUCUAAAUUAUAUUGAACAUCUUUAUUCAACUUUUUCCAGUGUCCAAAGGGCUCGCAAUCACAUUUGAAAGUGUUGUAGUAUUAUAUGUAUUGUGGAAUGAUUAAUGUGUAUAUUCCAACCUGUAGAGCUCCACUCAUAGGGACACUCCAUUGCUUAAAUCCAAGCAAAAAUUACUGUAUAUUAGUUCUACUUCCAAUAAAACAUGCUUUAAAUCCUGCUCCAUUGAAUUAACCAACUAGGAAGUAACAGGAUUGGUUGUCUUAUUGACAGCCAGGGGGUUUAGUUUAGUAAGGUUCUUUUCUAAAAGAGUCAAUUUCAAUUGAAAUCUACACUUUUUUUGUAAAAGGAGAAAGGAAACAAAAAAGUGGGGGGGACCCUUCACACAUAAAGCACUGUAUCAAGCUAAAGAGCUUUAGGUGUCUGGAGUGUCCCUUUAAAUAGUAACCGAACCCAUUUUAGAACCCAACUCAGAGGUUAUAAAAAAGUACACUAAACUGAUGCAGAGUCUCUAACACUUUGUUUGUGGCUUACCGUACCAGUACAUGAAUUUGUUGAUGCGCAAUACUUUGAAAAAUUUAAAAUAAAUGAUAGUGCUCCACAAUACUGUUUUUUGAUUUAACAUAACACUAUUCUUAUCAAAUCUGUUUCAGUCCUGAAAAUCAAACCUUAAAAAUUAACCUCAUCUUUUGAAAAAGUACAACAUAUAUUUUGACAAUUCAAAUAAAACUUUGCACACUAUAUUGAA